GUUUACCCGUAGAGCCGGCUCUUGGUGAUCCCUCAAUUUUACUCGAAGAGUGUGAACGACGAUCACUUCCUUAACGUGGCCACGAUAUUUAUAUUUCAACACAGUCGCACAGUACUUGGCGGGGAAUUUCAAGUUCAUUUACGAAUAUUGACAAUUAUUCACCAUGGAGGUAACGUCCGUCGAUAAUACCAAUAAUACCAAAGUGAUCGAUUCCGUCUACUCCAAGAGCUGCAGCAACAGUCAGUCGCAAAACAGUGGCAGUUCCAAGUCGAGGCAUAGCAACAACUCGGAAAGCAGCGGCUACUGCGGUGGAAAUCCUUCGACCCUUGGUUCUUGCAAUGUGGCUGUACUCCAGCCCAUCAGCAAGCGAGAGGACAAGGAGCACAAGCAGAAAAAAUCGAAGCCGGCCAUCGUUGCUCCAGCGGAGUCCGAAUUUCCGGAAGGAGGUAAAGAGUCACCUCUGCAGGAUGGAGCUACUCCGGUUUCCACCUUCGUUAGUGUUUCCCCGCAGACGGAAUCGCAAGAAACAGGAAAUGAUCGGCCGUACUUUGACAGCAAAUCGUCACUCGCAACAUCUCCUACCUAUAGUCAGCUUAACUAUUACGAGAAGUUACAGAGAUAUUACAAAAGCCAGCCAUGCACUACUACCAUGUACGAAGGUGAAGAAGAGAAUGGCAACGUACCAAGCAGCACUAAGGACGAGUACCUGGGUUACAGAGCCAAAAGUGAAAUCCUGACAGAUCCUACGAGGAAAUGCAUGUCUCCAGAGAAUGGGAGUGAGGCAAGUGGCUGUGAAAGUGAUGGAAAUUCGAGCAGCGGUUCAAACAGCCAAUCCAGCUCAGCGAGCCAAGGAGACACUUCUGUCAUGACGGACACUGCGAGUUUCAAGCUAUCCACGCUGACACAGUCCUCGCUUACAAAGCACAAGGAGGACAUGGAGAACUUAUUGUUAGAGCAUUACAGAAAAAUCAGGUCAACGAUGAAGAGCGAUAAAUUAAAAAACGUACGACCAAAGUCUGUCAUCGAGAAGUCGAGUGACUCUGUCUGUCCAAGCAAAACGCCGACCUUGAAGAGGACUGGUAGUCCUAUCAAAAAUGGUCGUGACGGCAAGGUUUCCAAACGUGACAACAUUUCUAAAGUCAAUAAUUCAACGCCAGUCGCAUUGAAUGCCGCAGUAUCCAGUGCCAGCAUUGUUCAACCUUCCGUCAUCAACGCUCACAGCAGUUCAAACCAUACUGCACGGCCAUACGAUUCGGUUGACGUUCCAUCAGCUGAAACAGCGCAACCUUGUACCUCGGCACAAACCCUGUUGUCGCAACUACCUACAAUGUAUCCAGCGAUUAUGCAACUGGUUCCACUUUACUACUUUGCAACUCUGCGAAAUGGAUCCGUACCGACGUAUAUUCCUCAGGAACAUCCUGGCCCAUCUGUGCAAAAGCAGUCAGUACAUCAAACUCCUUACAACCAUUAUCUCACAACUGGUACGGCAAUUUAUCCAUCAGUUAUGGGGAUACCAACAGCAAUGGCGAUGGAAUACAGGCCGUUUAUAAUUCCACAGUCUGAUUUAGCGGUGAAAAACGUUUGCGAAACUACCCAUACUCCAGUAAAGGAGCCCGAGCAGGUUCCAUGUCAAAAUCGAUUGGCCAGUCAAGCAGCGAGCGUCAAGCCGGAAUCUGAAAGUAUAACGGCGGAGUCGGGGUGCUCGAAAGAGGUCUUAUCUCUCGGUGAACACAAAUGUCGCAGUGAUGAAAAUAGUCCCACGGCUAAAAUCGUGAAACGAGAUCAAUCCGCAAAGUAUCACGAGGACGAUUCAAGAUGUUCUAGUCUCUAUAGCAGUUCCUGGAACGAAAGUAACGGCAGCAGCUUGAACCUGGACCGAAAGGAAACCAGUGAACAGUCAAAGAGCACUGGCGGCAAACAGACAGAUGUCUCGAACAGCGACAAAGAGAUAAAAGCAUUACGGAAACAGCCUUCAUGGCUGGAUGGAGUCAAAUUGACUCCAGAGCUGAUUUACGAGUACCAAAUGGACUCAAAGACACUCCAGGAGGUUUUAGAGGCAGAUAAAAAAGUUUUGAAAAAGUUCACUCAGCCACUUCUUGUAAACGACCAGCUUAGCCAGUUGUACCUUGACUUAGAGCUGGAGGGUUUUGGCACAAAGAUUAUGCUCGACGAAGGCACCGCUGUCAGUGAGAGUGCCAGCACCGACGAAGCGGUGGAGGACAGUUUGGAGCAAAAAAAGGAGCAGCACUGCUCUAUGGAAUAUGGGAGGCUAAUGAUGAUCCAUGAGGAGAACGCCCAAUUCCCACCUUCGUAGAGCCUUGCAGCUAUUGGUGGUUCAGUGUAAUUAGAGUAGUGUCAAAUCAAGAUAUAUACCUGUAAGAAAAAAAGGAAUCACCAGCUAUAAAGGAACUUUAUCAGUUGAAUAUAUACUAUAGGUAAUAACAGUAACGAAAGUGACCGUAUACGAGAAUCUGGCGAAUCGGAUGAAAACGAAAAAUUUUCUUGAACGGUAUGGUGAAAGUUUUUGCGUCGUAUGUUUAAUCGCAAAACGUUUGCGAUCGUAUUCACACAGGCUGAUGCCUAAUAGUAUGAACAGUGAAAAAGCAUAUUUACAUUGUCAGUAUCUCUUUAU